CAUUCCCGAACGAACUCUGGAAAAACGGCCGCAAAGCGCGCUUCCGCCUCUGGCCACAUGGAGGCGUCCGACUCAGAGCAGGUGGAGCAGAAGCAGCCUGACGUUCCCCGUCCGAACGGAGCCCGAAUGCGGCCCAAAUACGGGAGACGAAGGUUUCCACGCAUUCCCUGUCGCGCCUUUGCCGUCCAUCGAAACUUCGGACCUCGCGAGGCACCGAGUCCUCGCUCGCCUCCGAGGAGCGAAGGAAGACGAGGAGCAGCGGAGGAUGGAAGCGGAUGAAGGAGUCGGAGAGCCGCUGGAUGAGGACAAAGUGAAGGUGAAGUGUGAGGAGCACCAGGCCGGAGCCGCCGAGUCGGACGGACGUCUCAGAGAGAGCGGCGAGACGGACGGACUGUGGAACCAGUGGACUUUGUCGGACGCCAAGCUCCUGGACGACGAAGACGAGGAGGACGAAACGGACGUCACGUUCGAGACCUACGACGAGAUCGAAAAGGCCACGGGGCAGAUCUCCCAGCGUCCUUUGCCACCGCCGGGACCAUCCGACCAGUUGGCGCCGGGACCGUCCGAGCUCUCCUGGGCCUCGCAGUCGUCCUCGUCCUCCCCGUGCUCUCCUCUCUCUGCGACGCCCAAAGUUCACUUCUGUCACUGCGGCAAAGCGUACACGCUGAAGAGCAUGCGCGACCGCCACGUGAAAAUGCAGCACCUGAACCUGCGUCCGUUCGUCUGCCCCGUCUGCUCCAAGAGCUUCAAGAUGAAGCACCACCUGACCAAACACGUCAAGACGCACGGAGGCCUGCGUCCGUACGAGUGCGCGCUCUGCGGCAAGAAGAUCGUCUGGAGAGACAGUUUCCUCAAGCAUCAGGCUCGCUGCCAGGGAACGACGACGACGUCUGGCCGUCAAAAUGACGACGCAGAUGCACCUGGACAAGUGAAGGUGGAACAGGAUGAUUAUUCAUUACGGGACGAGGAAAUACACUCUUAAAAGUAAAAGUUCUGAAAUAGGUUUUUGCAUUGAACGUCAAAGGAAUGACAUUCCUUUCAGUCAAAAGUUCUUUUUUUCUUAGUGCGAAGAACCAUAUGUGCAAUUGGAAGGUUCCGUGGAUGUUAAAGGUUCUUUAUGGAACCAUCAAUGCCAAUAAAGAACCUUUAUUUUUAAGAGUUCACACACUCCAAAAAGGUUCCAAAAGAGAGUUUCUGAAAGAGCCCGUCAGUGAUCAGUUAUUAAAAGAACCAUUUUGUUUUAGUGUGAAGAACAUAUGUGACCCUGGAGCACAAAACCAGUCA